AUGUGCCAGCCCCAGCCACUGCUGGCCCUGCUGCUGCUGCUUUCCUGCCCGUGGGCCAGCGCCAGUGCUCUACAGGCUCAGAUUGUGGGGGGCCAUGAGGCUCAGCCCCACUCCCACCCUUACAUGGCAUACCUGCAGGUUGGGAAUUUUGCCUGCGGAGGCUUCCUGGUGGCCCCUGACUGGGUGAUGACAGCUGCACACUGCAUGGGGAAUGUCACAGUCAUCCUGGGGGCUCACAACGUCUACCAACGAGAAAGGACCCAGCAGAAACGGGAAGUUCUCCAAUACCACCAGCACCCUGAAUACAACCACGACACCUUCUCUAACGACAUCAUGCUGCUCAAGCUGACAGAAAAGGCCACUCUCAAUGCCUACGUCAAGACCAUUCCACUGCCCAAGACCAGCAGCGGCCUCUCCGCGGGCACCAGGUGCAGCAUAGCCGGGUGGGGCCUGACCGAUGAAGGCUGGUUGACCGGCAAGCUCUUUGAAACCAAAGUCUCCACCUACAGCCACAGGAAAUGCAUCCGCAGCUUCCACAAGCUCAGGGACUCCAGCAAGGGAGAUUCUGGUGGGCCCCUGGUAUGCAAUAAGGUGGCACAAGGCAUCGUUUCCUUCGGGCGCAGCAACGCGCCCGGGGUCUACACCCGCAUCUUCAACUACCUGCCCUGGAUCAAAAAAAUUCUGGAGAAGUAG